AGAACAGUAACUAUUUCAGUCGUAUUUUCGAGAUUUGUGUGUCUGAAGAAACUUGUAAAAUAUUCAUCAUACGUAUAAAUAUGAACUCUAAACCCAUAAUAGCUCACUAAAAAUAAAAAACGACUAGAGACCUUCACCCGGAAAACCACGUUACCAUUGAUUCGAACAAACUUACUAACUAGCAGUAGCAGCCGUCGCAAUAUCACGACUAGAAGUAGAAUUACUUUUACGAAGGUUGUAUACGAGAACUGAGCGUGAUCCACAAAACGAAUUUACUCAAGAACAUGUUCACUGCCAUGCUAUUUCACAGUGCACACAUUCCAGCGUUUUUGCUGGUCGCGUUUGGGCCGCUGCAAGCCUGGGCCGAGCAGAACGCCGUCGAGUUACAGUCCUUGACGAACGAGAAGAAGGCUGGGAUUGACUUCGACGUGAAGGCGUUUUGCGAAGAUGCUGCCUUCGGCCGGCAAACAGGUGUGAAGGUGCCGAACAAAAAUUGGCAGUGGAAGUUGAUGCACUACAAAGAGCAGAUUGACGUGCCAAAUCCGUAUCUUUUCAACGCAAGAACGAAGAAAGAGAUUCAUCUGAACAAGCCUGUCGUACUGGUGUACGAAGAAAACAAGGAUGCCGGGACGAAGUUUACUUUCCGUAUUGAGGGGUCCGUGCAGGAAACGGAAAAACCCAAGUUCAAAUCCAUUCCGCGCCUCAGCACGGCCUCAAAGUUUCGGGUCCGCGUUUCGCUUCCGACCAUCGAUCGAGGCGUCGACAUCGAUACUAAGUUCCAACGGUUCUACGAGCCGAUGAAAACAGCCAAGAAAAACGGCGACAAAGCAAUGCAGCUUUCCGGUGCCUUGUCGCCGGAGCAAAAGGGGUUUCUGUGUGACAUCGUGACCCGCGAGGAGAACAAGGUCCAGGAGGUCUCCUCAACCGGUUCUGCACCUGCUUCCGAAGACUGCGCUUCGACCGUCUGCUGGGAGAGCACGGGCACCGCAAAGAACGGGCACGCCCUCCGGGAAGCCUUCGCGAUGACCUCGCUGCACCGUCUGGUGGCGCUGUACUACGGCUCGCUCGGCACGCGCUUCAGUUCCCGACGCGCAUUGUCGGCCUUUUUGGCGAUGUCCGAGUACCGGAAAGUCUCCAGUCUGCAGCUUUUCGUGGAGGACUUCGCCGCCUUGUCGGAGCAGAACCUGGGCAGCAGCUGGAAGAACGAAUUGAAGUUGCGCACGGCGGCGGCCAUGCGGGACAACUUCGGAUACCUCGGUUUAGCCGACUGGGCGGAAAAGUACCAGAGAAUGGCGGCGAGGAACCGGGGUGCGGAUGGAGAUGAGAAGGAUUGGUUUUUGGAACAGGUGUGGACCAAAGAGAUGGUAAACGACCUUGGCUUCAAGAAGUACAGGCAAGUGAUGCAGGAAGCGCUGUCCAAGUCCUACGCGCUAAAUGGGGAAGCGGUGUCCGAGAUGGACAAAAGACAUGCGAAGGAGUUGCAGACUCUGCGGGCGGAGCUGAAGAAAGGCAUGGCCGUCUACACCCACCAGACAGAACCAGUCAAGCCGUCGCGGUGGUCGGGUUGGUUCCCCUCUUCGUCAGCGAAAAAAAGGGACCACGAGGUGGAGGAGGGGACCGAGCUCAUGAGCACGAAGUACAAGAGGGGUCAAGACGUAGAAUUGCACUAAGCAGAUGGUCUUCAUCCCAGCGUCCCGCGGUCCACUUUUCUUUUGCCGCCCGGACGUACGGCUCCACAGAUCAUGGCACCUGUUGCAUCCGCAUAUUAUGCGGAACGAUUAAUCGACCAUCAUUUUUUUCCAACGCCUCCGACAAAUGGAAAAGAAAUAAGUAGUAGAGUGAGACGGCCCUCUAGCUCUAACUUAACCGUCCGAGCAUGCGCAAAUUGUGUGCGAACGGGUGAGGCGCAGGCAGUUAGUUUGAGUCGUGAUAGCUGUAGUGAGGAAGCAGUGGUUGUUGCUGGAACUCCGACGAAGCUCGCUUCUGGUUUCUUUUAGCUGCAAGCAUGAAGAGACGGAGGAAUGCAAGGAUGUGGUGGUUCUCAUGUUCAAAAUGGCGUCUCUGAUGUGUAGGAUACAUGGAGCAAGAUAGUAUCGCUGGUGGAUCAGCUGUGGCACGCGAGAUAUUUUGUACGCAGUAAAGCUUGUGUGUACAAGAAGAAUAUCUAUCCCAAAAAGUCGAAGUGGCGUCGUGUACAAUGCAAUUUUGAUUUUUGUAGAGAUUUGAACAAUGAUGAAGUGGUUGUGGAAACUGAAAUUAGAGAAAGAUAAUGAUAUACUAGACAAGGUCAAGGCGGCGCGCUGCCUGUGAUAGCAAUUUGCUUCAUGAUUUGUGAAAUUUCAUACAGUGUAGGAUUCAACAGGAUGAACUGGACCGUUGUAUAAUGUUCGUCGAAGGAGAAAUGUGAAUGUGUUUUCUAUUCAUGGAAUGCCAU